CAAGCCCACCGAGCUGCUCAGACUCAAAAUGAAUAGCCUCUUUCUUUAUUUUUGUUGGAAAAUACUGGUAAUACAAAAUCGAUAGGGUUUAAGGGUUUUAGGUAGAAAGGGAAACAAAUGGAGAAGAAUAUGGCAAGUGAAGCGAAGAAGAUGAAUGGAGCAGGAGGAGGGUUUAGGGCCAAAUUGGAGCAUGUAUUAUAUAGCGGUGAGAAGAAGCACGUCUUCGGUGGCAUCGCCGUCAUAGGCGUCCUCUUCGGUGUUCCCUGGUACUUCAUGACCCGAGGCUCCAAGCAACAAUCUCACCAAGAUUACCUGGAGAAAGCUGAUAAGGCACGGAGUGCGAGGCUCUCUGCUGGUUCAUCCUCAACUAAAUAAUGAAAAGAGUUACUUCAACCAGGUUUCCGAUGCCAGUUCCUUCAGCCUUCGAGUUAGGUUCAUGCUGUUCCCAAAGGACUUUAUAUAAAUGCCUCUUUUUGGACAAACUUGUGUAAUAUGAACUAUAUAUUGCGUACAAAACCAAUCACGAAAGGAA